AUGAGGCAGGUUACUGGUGGGACAGGCGGAGGUCCGGAGAACGGGUAUCAAGCAGCAGCACGAAUGGCUUUAACAGCUCUGGAUGCAACUAAUGAGGAAGAUGAGUUAAGGGACCCAUCUUAUAGGGAAGAAUACCUCCCUCCUAGCGAAGAUGGGGGGUCUGAGGAGGAAGGCAGGACGAGUGAGGCAGCGGGGAGAGGAGUAGCUAAGCGACCGAACUGGCCAGGGGUCAAGGCCCGGCUCCGAGCCUUUCAGCGGGGCGAAUGGGAGCAACUGUACCAGGAUGCGGUGGACGCGGUCAACACACCCCCACCGCCACGACACCAGCCCGACGCGACUGGAGUCAUCAGUCGAGCUGAGGGCCUGGCGAAACGUGGCAGUCUACGUCGAGCCGUGCUGGCCCUAGAGUCAACACCAGUCUCCAUGCCCAGCCGGGAAAUUUUGGAGGAGCUCCGCCAAAAGCACCCACCUGCUGUACACAAGCCAGUGACCUGGCCCGUGCCACCGGAGUCAAAGCUGUCUAUCACUCACGCGGAGUUUGCCAAGAUUCUGGGAAGAUGCGAGAAUGGAGUGGGGGCCGGACCAUCGGGCACGACAUUUGAGCACCUGCGCGACGCGGCGAUCACCAACGCAAUGGUCAGCACCCAUCUGCACGCCUUAGUCAACACCAUAUUGGGAGGCAGCCUUCCAGGCCCGGUGGCGGACCUAUUGACUGCUUCACGACUCAUAGCCCAGGCCAAACCUGGGGGGGGUGCUCGACCAAUCGCGAUAGGCGAGUGCCUCACUCGGCUGACAGCCAAGGCGGCCCUCACAGCCAUGGGAGAAGCUGCCCGCGAUUUCUUCUUGCCACUACAAUACGAGGUGGCAGUGCUAGGGGGAGCUAAGGGGGUUAUCCACGCGGCGCGGGCAUUUCUUGACAAAUGA